GCAUGGAUUUAUACUAAGUCCAUGGAGUUCAGUGGAAGGGGAGUGAUAAAAAACUGGUUUUCUAAAUAAUGUGGCUUGAAAAAUAGGUAUAACAGGACUUGGUCAGAAACGCAGAGGCUGUUCAAGUUUAGCUCCCCACCAGAUGGAAAAUAGGUUAAAUUCUGUAAAGAUUUAACUUUAACCACAAGAGGGCACAAUUGGAAAACAAUUUUUUUGGUACUGCAGUAAAAUUGAUUACCUCUUGAGAAGUGUUCUUUUUAACCAGCUAUGACAAUCGAGUUGAAUAUUUUCACCAUGGUUUGAAAAAGUGCCAAAAGGCCACACUGGCCCACAUCUGUAAUCCCAACACUUUGGGACCCUAAGGUGGGCAGAGCACUUGAGUCAAUGAGUUCAAGACCAGCCUGGCCAACAUGAUGAAAUCCCGUCUCUACUGAAAAUAUAAAAAAUAGACGAUCAUGGUGCACGCCUGUAACCCCAGCUACUUGGAGGCUGAGGCAGGAGAAUCACUUGAACCUGGGAGGUGGAGGUUGCAAUGAGCCAAGAUUGUACCAUUGCCCUCCAGCCUGGGCGUCAGAGCCAGACUGAAAAUUACCAGAAGCGUUUUUCAGGACUGCCUGUGUGUCUUGGUGAUUGUUAACCAAGUGUGUUCAAAAGAAAUACCCAUGAAAUGCCUCCAGAUAUAAGGGUUUUUUUUUUUUUUUUUAACCCAUAAAGCUAAACUGCAAAUAUUACCCUAGAAUUAACCUCUUGUCCUGUGUCAAAGCCUUGUUUUGCAUCUGGAUUGUUAAACUGUCAGCCUUUCUCUGACAGUCUCGAACUGUCAAGACAGUCUCCGUUCACAGCCAAGGUGAUCUGUUACACUCCCCAUUUCCAGGGCAAAAUCUCAGUUCUUAAGCACGUCAUUUCUUAGCAUGGCUUUAUUUUCAUGCUCUUUAGUUCUCUAUUUUGUGCAGCCUUACUCCUUUAAAGUCCACUGUGAGUCCUACCCUGCAGGGCCUCUUAACACAGUAGAGUUCAUGUGCUACUGAUUUGGUGCCUGCCUUCAAAUAUAGGUUUUGUGGGGUUAAAGAUAGCCACUUGGUGGAACACCACAUUGGAAGUGCUGUUCACCCGGUCAGUUGAAACGGUGUUUGACCAUUUGGUGUGCGAAUGGCCUAUCGGAUUAAAGGAUAGCCAAACCCAAGAUUUCUUCAGGUUGUUCACAGCUCCAUGGAUCUAAUUUCGAAAUCCUGAUCAUUACUCAUGAAUCAAGGUGUUUUGACACAGGCUGUACCCUUUCCUGCAGCUCGUCCCCCGCGGAGUGACCAGGCUACGGCGGGCGCCGGAAGGGGGCGCACCCCUCGCCUUUCCCCAAUGUGUCGGGCAGCCCCGCCUCCCCGCUCGGUUUCCGGGAGUCGGCGGCGAUGGCGUCAUCACCGAGUGCCGAGCCGACAGCAUCGCGGAGGUUGGCUAUGUGACCAGGCAACAUGCUGAGCCGGCUUCAGGAACUGCGCAAGGAGGAGGAGACGCUGCUGCGGUUGAAGGCAGCCCUGCACGACCAGCUGAACCGCCUCAAGGUUGAAGAAUUAGCCCUCCAAUCAAUGAUCAGCUCUAGAAGAGGGGAUGAGAUGCUGUCUUCUCACACUGUACCUGAACAGUCACAUGAUAUGUUGGUGCAUGUAGACAAUGAAGCAUCAAUCAACCAAACAACCCUGGAGCUGAGCACAAAGAGUCAUGUGACGGAAGAGGAGGAAGAGGAAGAAGAAUCAGAUUCCUAAAGGAGGGGGAAAGCCAGGCUGGUCCCACAAGGAAGGUGGUUGGAAGAGUCACAGAUAAGGGUGUUGGGUGAGAAGAACUGGACUGAGUCUGGAGAUUGAAAUUACAGGAAGCCCCAGUUAGUCCGAAGCACUGAACUUGGUGUCCUGUUUCUGCCUUCCAGCCUCCUCCUCAUCUUCACCUUUCCCCCUCACCAAUGAUGCUUGGCUAAACCAGUAUUUCUUGUGUACUAAAGAAAUUGAAGCUUACCACAAAAGCAAAAGUAGCUUUCAUCCUUUUUUUUUUAUUUCAUAGUAUAUUUAUUAGAAUAAGAGAUUAGAUUUGUUAAACAUCUAGGUUAAAAUGGUUAAAAGGAUUUUCAUACAAUUUUAGGCACUAUACACGUUGUUUACAACAGCAUUGGUACUUGGAUAUGGGGAAAGAUAAAUCCGACAUUUUAAUGUCUUGAUCAAUUUGUGACAUUCAAAAUAAUUCCCCCAUUUAAGAAACAUUAAUCAAAACUUAAAGAGACAUACCACUAAGUAUCCCACACAGUAUAUUGAAAAUAAAUAUAGAAAUACAACCAGAAGUCUACAGAUCACCACAGUAGACAGACUGGUGAAGCCCCAGCUAUCAUGGCAGUGAAGGGCUCUGGCUAGAUUUGGAUGUCAACUGCUGAAUUCUACAUGAAAAGCACAUAAUAAUAAUAAAAUAACAUGAUGUACACUCUCUGAUGCUCAUUUUCAUAGCAGCAAAGCAUGCUUCACAUGCACUGCCUGUGAAGGAUCUCACAAGGCUCCCUCCUAGAGAGAAAGUAUGCCCAGCAAGAAUAAAGUACCACCAAAUGUCAAAGAAUCCCGAAAAUACAGGCAGACAGCCAGUCAUGGAGCAGGAACAGCAGUGCAAUUGUAAGAAUGACUACCCACAUUCACCAAAAUUUCACUGUAAUUCAGCCUGGCACAGGUUUUGAUCAUCAGCAUACACACAAAUAGCCCCAAGCACAAAGCCAAUCCACUUAGGGGAACAAUAAUAGUUAUAAUAAUGAAGACAGUAAUAUUAAAAAUGACAAGAGUAGAAUCUUGGCACAUGCUGUGUUCUUCAUCCUUUGUCACAGGUGAAAUGCACAUCUGAACAGAGACAGGCAUGGGAAGGAGGCCCAAAAGCGACAUGGCAAACCACCGGGCAGGGGACUCGCUCUUUGCUGCUUCCCAAACACUUAGACGCCAGCAGCAUGGGUUGGUGUGCUGGGCUGGUUAAGGCCGAUGGUGGAGCAGAGCCAACCUGCAAAAUCCACUUCCUCAGCAUCAGAUCUCUUGAUAAAAGCAUGAACCUGCAUGUAAGGAGAUGAGAGAACGUGGUGUUAAAAAGAAACAAAAAACAAAACAGAUCCCACCAGGAAGUAAAAUCCAAGAGUUUCAGGUCUAGAGCUUGUGCUGCACUUGGAAAGAGCACCUGGCACCUGCCCCUGAGCAACAGUGGGGCCAGCUGCAGGCCCAAAGACCCGCUCCACCAGUCACAGCAGCUGUGAGGCCUUGGGCAAGUCACCUCUUGGAGCCUACUCUUGCAGUAUGGAGACAGUAACUCUGCCUUAAAUGCCUCACAGGCUUGUUAGAAGAUACAAAGAAAAUGAUGGACUUAGUGCAUAUUAUACUAUAUACACUGUCUAUGGCUGUCCAGAUAUUUACAGUAUUAGCUAUUUCCACUGCUACCAAACGAGACAGCAGGCGGAGAGUGACUCUGGAAGGAGGCUGAAUGUAAGGUGAGGCAGUAUUAGGGAAAGGCCCCAUCCCCAUGAAGGGGGUGAGCUGGCCUUUUCUUUCCCGUGGCCCCCUCAGGCCUUUCCUCUGGCAUAUGCUUACUCAGGCUGCGGGGGUCACCCCAGCUUUCCCUUAAACUGAUGGGAGAGCAAAGGAGACUGGUGUUUGGUAUUCUGCAGCCCCAGGCUCAGCUGGACCACCGUGGGCAGGGAAUGAAUGGGCUCUGGAAGUACUGCACAGAUGACUGACAGAGAAGAACAAAUGAAUAAACAGGUACUGUAAGAAUCUGGAAUAAACAGACUUACCAUGAGUUGCUUCAAA